AUGCAGCAGGGAAAGCUGAAGUGUAAGAACCUCCAUGAGUACAUGAGGAGUCUCAGCCCGGCCAUCCUCGACAAGCUGUACAAUCACCCGGCCACCUGCCUGGCCGUCUUCAGGGAACUGCCGGAGCUGGCUCGGAACUACGUGAUGCGACUGCUGUUCCUGGAUCAGCCCUUGCCCCAGGCUGGCAUCGCCUCCUGGGUAAAGAAGGAUAGCCAACGAGACCACAACGACUGCAUGAGCAUCCUGACGGGCCUACAACUCUGGCAUUCCCAGCAACUUCCCGGUGGGCUCCAGGGCCUGAUCCUCAAUCCAAUCUUCAAAGAGAACCUGCGCAUUGCACUGCUCGGCAGGGGUAAAGUGUGGGCAGAUGACACAAGCCAACUGGGACCAGACAAGCACGCUCGAGACAUCCCCUCCCUGGACAAGUACACUAUGGAAUGGUGGGAGGUCAUUCUACACUUCAUGGUGGGCUCUCCCAGUGCAGCGGUCAGUCAGGACCUGGCUCAGCUCCUCAUUCAGGCCAGACUCAUGAAGAGUGAAAGGAUGGAGGCUCCAUGCAUCACAUCCGCAGCAUUCCAGUUCCUCCUGCUUGAUAUCUCGUCCCAGCUCUGGUACUUCAUGUUGCAGUACCUCCAAACAGCCGAGUCCAGAAAGAUGGACCUGGUUGAGAUCCUGUCCUUCGUGUUCCAGCUCAGUUUCUCCAUGCUGGGCACGGAUUACUCCGUGGAAGGGAUGAGUGACUCCCUGCUGACCUUCCUGCAGCAUCUGCGGGAAUUUGGGCUUGUCUUCCAGAGAAAGUUUAAAUCCCAGGGGUUUUAUCCCACACGGCUGGCCAUUAACCUGGCAUUGGGUGUAUCAGGCAGCGCGAUUGACGUGCGUUGUCAGGGCUAUAUCGUCGUGGAGACCAACUACAGGAUCUAUGCCUACACUGACUCUGAGCUUCAGCUGGCUGUCAUUGUGCUCUUCUCCGAGAUGCUUUACCGAUUCCCCAACCUGCUGUUUGCCCAACUGACCCGAGAGAGUGUGCAGCAGUCCAUCGCCAACGGCAUCACUGCCGAGCAGAUCAUCGACUUCCUGCGGAUGAGAGCACACCCCAUCAUGCUCGAAGAGAACCCGAUGCUUCCUCCGAUGAUCACCGACCAGAUCCAACUGUGGAAGAUGGAGAGAGACUGUCUGCGAUUCAUGGAAGGUGUGCUCUACAAGCAGUUCCUCUCCCAAGUGGACUUCGAGCUGCUCCGGAACUACUCUCGAGACCUGGGCAUCCUGGUGUGGGAAAACCCGAGCAAGAGGCUAAUGGUGGUGACUCCCGAGGGUCAUCCCGACGUGAAGCGCAUCUGGAAGAGGUAG